GAAGAUUCUAGAACUAGAAGGACACUGUGAGCACUUUACCAAGGAGGCUUCCCUUGAAGUCCAGACAAAUAACCACAGCGUUUGAAGCUAGCUGGGAACUUAUAAAGAAAUCCUCACUGGAAAGCUUCCUGUUUCCUGUGGGUUGUUGCCACAUUGUCUGUAAAGAUGAAAGCCUUCAAGUUGGUAAAAGAGUUGUUCUUCCUCACCACCAUGUUUUCAGUCUGUUGUGGAGAAGUCCCAGUGACCGUGCUGUGCUCCCUGGAUUGGUUCAUGGUCACGGCACACCCCUUCAUGUGGAAUGAUGAUGUGUACGUACACUUCUACGAGCUGCACUUGGGCCUGGGUUGUCCUGCAAACUACGUUCAGCCGCACGUCUACCAGUUCACCUACCGCGUUACGGAAUGUGGCAUCCGAAUCAAGGCUUUCUCUCCGGAAAUAAUCAUCUUCAGCACCGAGCUACACUACGCUUCUAAAAAUACCUCAACUAAGUAUGUGAUUCCAGUGUCUUGUGCUGCUCCCCGAAGUUCUCCGUGGCUCACUAUGGCCAACUCCAGGCCAGUAGCCAGCCAGAGUGCAGCCGCGGCCCAUGAUGGUGAGGCGCGCUCCCCGGCAGCCAGCUUGUCACAGCCCAGCCAAAGGGCUCACUGCGAUUGUAGAUUUUGUGUCUUCAGUGAAGAGCACGUUCAGGCCCCUCGUCGCCAACCCGAGGCUCAAGAGGCUUGUCCCAUGCCGUCAUCUUUUUUUUCUUUUACUUCUGAGAAUUAGGAUGAUCUGAUUGAACUCAUGUGAUCCCCCCAAGGGUUGCCUGAGUCUCCUGAAGAUGUUUCUCGAGUUAGCAUGUAGUAUAUUCUAAUUGCAAAAAAAUAAGUGCUAUUAUGGUCCUCUCUGAGGAGCAACUCAUGGAAACUUCGUGAUUACAUCUUUGAAAAUUUUUUUUUAUCUUUUUAAAGCAGCAAUAUAAAAUUCUG